CUCUUCAUUCUCCGCCUUCCACAGAGAGAAAGAGGAAAAAGCACAUGCGGAGGGGAGCUCGGGCAACACAUGAACAGCAGAGAGCUGUCAAGCUGCGAGGAGGCAGCGGAGAGACGCCUCAGUCUUUUCUUGGAAUACAUUCUCCUCUUCAUCUCUGAAGCCCACACACACACACACACGCGCGUAAACUCACAAACACGCGGACGGGUGUGGGUGCCUCCUGUAGAAGAAGCAGACAAUUAUUUUAUGGAUCUGGACGCAGGAGAGGCGGACGAGCUUGGACUGUUUAAAAGUGUUCAGGAUCUUAGAGACUUAAACUCUUCAAGGAUUCAAACUUUUUUCUGUUUUUUUUUUGUGUGUGAAGCAUUUUAGCAGUUAAGACUUUAGGACUUGGCUGAGGGAGGAGACCCCGGAGCCGAGUGAGUUGUCUGAAUCUGUCAGGUUGCAGCUCGGCGUGCGUGAUGAGGAGGAAGAUGUGCUGGCUGCUGACAGCGGUCCUGCUAGCCCACCUUGGAGGCGCUCUGACGGGAGCAUGGAGAGCAGCUCAACCAAGGCUGCAGUUUACUUACUCCGAGCUGAUUCAAAAUGGCCGGCUGCUGACGCUGCCCUUGGAAGCAGGAGACCUCCAGUCCAUGCUGCCCGAUGAAGACAGGAGGCGUCUAUAUGUGGCCAUGAAAGAUAAUCUUCUCUCUACAAGUCUGGAUGAUAUAACACAGAACCCACGCAAGCUUUUCUGGCCGGCCAGUCCGGACCGUAUCCAAGAAUGUCUCAUGGCUGGGAAGGAUUCAGAGCUGGAGUGCGCCAACUUCCUGCGAGUCCUGCAGCCGUUUAAUCAGACUCACCUGUAUGUGUGUGGCACCGGGGCUUUCAAUCCGCGCUGUGCUUUCAUCGCUACCGGCAUCUUCCACCAGGCAGAGUACCAAACUCUCUCCUACGGCCAGACAGAGUGUGGGAAGGGCAAAUGCCCCUACGACCCAUUCCAGAAAACAGCUUCUGCUGUUGUCGAUGGAGAGUUGUACGCCGGGAUCACUUCAGACUUCAUGAGCCGAGACUCGGCUUUCUUCCGGAGCCUUGGCAGUCGACAUGUCAUCCGCACAGAGCAGUACGAUUCUACCUGGCUGCAGGAUGCCCAGUUUGUGCGGGUAGCGCCACUGUCUGAAACUGAUAACCCAGAAGAUGAUAAAGUUUACGUGUUCUUCACUGAGCGUGCCCAGGAGGCGGAGGGCGCGGCCGGGAAGGUUCUCUACUCCAGAGUUGCGCGCGUUUGCAAGAAUGACAUCGGUGGUCAGAGGAGUUUAGUGAACAAGUGGAGCACCUUCCAGAAGGCCCGCAUGGUGUGUUCGGUUCCAGGACCAGACGGCCUGCAGACACAUUUCGACCAGCUGCAGGACAUCUUUAUUCUGCAUGGGAAAGACAAGAAGAAUCCGCUCAUCUAUGGCCUGUUCACGACCUCGAGCGACAUCCUGAACGGUUCGGCAGUGUGUGUUUAUCGCAUGGAGGACGUCGUUCGAGCCUUUAAGGGCAACUUCCUGCAUAAAGAGGGGCCUCAGUACAAGUGGGCCGAGUUCACCGGAAAGGUGCCGUACCCACGGCCAGGAACUUGUCCGAGCAGCACAUAUGGAAGCUACAGCUCAACCAGAGAAUACCCUGACGACGUGAUUUUCUUCAGCAGGACCCAUCCGCUGCUGCAGGAACACGUGCUGCCUCUGGGAGAGCGCCCACUUUUGGUGAGAGUGGGCGUCCACUACAAGUUCAGCAAACUGCUGGUGGACCGGGUGGAGGCUGUGGACGGCACGUAUGAUGUCCUGUUCAUCGGCACAGAUUCAGGACUUGUGCUUAAGGCCAUCCACCUGCCCAGAGAGCACGGUCAGAGUCAGGAGGUCACUCUGGAGCAGCUGCAGGUUUUUCAGCAUAAAUCAUCCGUUACAGCGAUGGCGUUGUCAAAGAAAAAGUGGCUGUUUGUGGGCUCCAGGGAGGGCGUGUCCCAGCUGGCCCUGUACCAGUGUGAGCUGUACGGUCAGGCCUGCGCAGAGUGCUGCUUGGCACGGGAUCCCUACUGCACCUGGGACGGACAUGCGUGCAGCCCCUAUAUGCCCACCGUGCGCCGGAGAAACGCUCGGCAUUUAGGGGAGGAGGAGGACCCGCUGACUCAGUGCGUCCGACAAGGAGCUGGGCUGCAGGUGGAGGCGGAGCAGAGGGUCAUGAUGGUUGCGGAGGGUAACAGCACCUACCUGGAGUGCCUGCCUCGAUCCAGACAUGCUGCCGUUACCUGGUAUAAACAAGCUGGAGAGAACAGUGCCGAACUAAACCAGGUGCUGACAGGUGACCAGCUGGUGGUGAUAGAGCGGGGCGUCCUGAUUCGCCGAGCCGAGCUCUCUCACGGUGGCGUCUACCACUGCCAGGUGGAGGAGCACGGCUACCACUGGACUGCAGUCACCGUCCGCCUUGCUGUCUGGAGCCCUUCUGCCAAUCGUGUCCUCGCCUCUUUGGCUGCUUCGUCCUAUCAGAGCGCAGGAACCCAGCCCUGGUACGAGGACGUGAUGGCCCUGAUUCACCCUGGAAACCUGGGCGAGCACUGCAGGGCCCUGGGAUACCGUCCACCACGCAACCAGCGUCAUCGCGGGGACUUUAUGACUGCACCACAUAAGGAGAAAGAGAGGGCUGAGAAGCACAAGCAUGGAGGAGGAAGAGGAGGAGGUGGAGGCGUGGGAGGAGGACGCGCAGUAGGGAGGAAGAGCAGGAGCAAGCCUCAACAGAGGGCACCGAGGAGCGCUUGAAUGCAGAUCUCCAUUGACUGAAACACACAUACACACUUUGUGUAAUCUACACACGCACACACUUAACUUAUACUUUAGGACCCACACAUACUGUAUGUACAGAGACUACAUCAUGCGCAUGCACUUAUCUAAAGAAAAACAGCAUCCUCUCAUUUUAGCAGUCGAGUCAAACGCCGCAUAAUCAUCUGAAACUUUGUACAGGACAGCUUGGACAGCGGAGGACCGGUCCGCGUGGACAAAAAUGACUUUGUGAAUAAAGUUACAACAGUAGAAUAGCUUAGGUUGCAUAGCAUGUCGAAUGAAGGACGGACAGCACAGCCAGAACAACCUGUGUUGUGACUAGGACAUUUAAGUGCAUAUCGUGCAUGUGGAGGAAACGUUUUUCCACGAGCUACACAUUCAACAUUUUAAAAACUUGUAACCCUACUGAACCGAUGUUGAACCUAAGGGAAAACCUUUGAGCUUUGUAUGUUUUUUUUUCCCCCUCCAAUUGUAUACGCAUUUCCUGAUUGCGUAUACAAUUGUUAACUUAAAUGGGAAAAAGUAGGUUUACGGUAGUCUACAUCAUCUUUUAGCAGAGCAAAGUUAUCUGGGUUGUAAGAAGAAUUUUCUAAUCCUUGGUCUGUGUUAUACUCACAUUUGAAGAACUCCCCCUCUUCUCGUGUCUGAGAAUUGGUAAUCAUUUGGAAUGAAGCAACACAUUUUCUCUAGCGGUGGAAAAAGUCGAAGCAAGACGAAGAAACAAAAAACGCAGACUGUGCUGAAAAGAACUCGGAUGUGGUCAACUGGUUACCAAUGCCUCAAACAUAGUAAUGGAGUGAUAGGAGGAAUAAUCACGGUGUGAUACCUCAAAUUACUGAUAAUGCAGUUUCACUGUACAUUCAUAAAAAUUUAAAGAAGAAUUACACAAUAAAAUGACAACAGAAAAGCUACAACUUGAUACACAGACUUAAAUAAAAAUAUGGACUACACAGAUGCUAAAUUUGGCAGUAGUAUUCAAGUGCUAAUUGCACUGAGCUGUCACUCUAAAACAGUGUUACACUAAAAAGAGUGAUGGCUGGCCCUCCAUUAGUUUCCACGCCACAACUCUCCCGUGUUUUUCAAAACCUAAAAUAUUUCCACACAGUCAACUUUAACUACAACAGAAGGGAAAUCUGUGGUUCUCCAACCUUUUAUCUGGCAUCUUAUUAAAAAUACUUCCCGUUUGUGUAUUUUUAAUUCAUAGCUGCAGAAAAUCUCGGUACAUCUUGAUACCGGACCGACCCUUUAAUCACCAGUGAUUGCUAAUUGAGAUGUUCAAAACUGAGUUACCUAUCCAGUAAAAACAAUGUAUAAUUUAACACAUUAGGCUUUCUUAGAUUGUAAGUAGCAAUAGAAAAGACGGAUAAUUAUAUAGAAAACACUGACCGAUACUGCCACAUACCAUAGAUUUCCAAACCGUUCACCAGCAGUGAGACCUUUGUUAGUUUCUUCAGAAAGGUGCGGUUCCAUAAGAUUACUGACUGUGACCACAGAGAUGAAAAGCUGAGGAAAAAGUGCAACAUUUCCUUUGAUGAUUGACUUUCCCAGGGUAUCAGCGCUGUGUGCUGCAGCUGUACCAACCACUACAAAAAGAGAUUCCCCAUUGUGUUUACCUCCACGCUUGGUGCCGUGACAUUAACUCGGGAGGUUCAGACACAGUGCUGUUGCUAAUUUUGUGCCAUGUGGGGAUAAUGUGAGUAAAACAAAACACGUUCAAUUCUAUUUUGAGGGCUGGUUUAGUUUGUUCGGACUCCCCCAUACUGCCCAGAUCUGGAGAACAUGAUAAGGCGUGUUUAAAAAUGUCAGAAAGAUAUCAAGAGCUAAAAGGUUUUCCAUUCCGACAUGAAUGUGCUUUAAAUGGCUUCAACAAGGGUCGCAAUUUGGAUGUUCGCUGCCUGCUUUUUUGGGGAAUUUCUAUUCUUUGCUAUUCAAAUUAUAUUUCAAUUAGAUGAAACCUAUAUUGUUUUAAGCUCCUUAUCUAUUAAAGAUGAAAUGAAUAUUUUCUGUUAUUUGAACUGUGGGUGUUCUCAGUAUGUGGAACAUUGGAAAAUUUGCUUACAAAAGAUUUUCCACUUGGGUUUGAUUAAAACAAACAACAACAACAACAAAAAAGCUGAGGCGGCCGUAACGCCCAGAAGACUUUGUACAUAAUAUGCAUGUUUCUCAAACUACAGACUGGAGGGGACUUUGUGUUGAUCAUCUACGGCUGGUUGUGCAGCUCCAGCUUGUAAUGUUUUCUGACUGCGAGCGAUGAAAAAGGUCCAGUGUGUGAUGAAGAAGCUACCAUCGGGCAUCCUGGAAGCUGGAGGCAGGACUCAGCAGGAACGGUGUCUGCAGGACUUUGGCUUGUCAGAUUUGAGCAACUUCAGUGACUUUUCAAACAAGUAAAGUGUGAUUUGUUUUAAAUGUACACAUGUUAAACACAUCUUCUUCCAUCAUCUGUUUGAUUUUCUUCUUUCGGGUAUUUAUUAGCUUAACUUGGAGUCAAGCAACUUGGUUAGUAAAAGUUCAUCACCAAGUCACGAAAAGACGCAUUUGUUUUAUAUGUGAGCAUCUUUGUCUGCCUGUCUUUGUUUGUAUAUCUGAUGUCCAGUUGUUACCGUUUGCUCCUUCCCACUCCCUCCUGUGGAAACGUCUUUGUUUUAUUUUGAUACCUUCUUUGGUAAACCUUCCCAUUCUCUUGGUAUUUAAAGGUUGAUCUGUUUCACUUUGAGGCAGCAAGAACUAAAGAAGUAUUUAGAAAA